AUGCCAAGUCCCAGUCAUCCACGCGCGGCUUUCGAGCCCAUUUCCCCAGACCUCGACCUUACGGCGCUGGUUGAAUCCACACCAAACUUCGAAUACGUUGUCAGAAUUCAUUGCGAUGCGAUCGCCGAACAGGGAAUUGAGGAUUUCGAAAAAUUGGUUCUUCUACAUGUCAUCCUGGGGGGAAAGCCGUUGGUCAUUGAAGGAUACCAGGAUAGGCUUCAGAAAUGGAUUUUUGGGCUCCAGUGGUUAAAAGACAAUCAUGGCACCAAAGUUGAGAAUGGGAGAAACCUGACCACCAAAACGAACAUACCCCUUUCGAUAAACCACUACCUGAAAAACAUGGCGAUGCUCACGAACCAAUGGAAUGCGACAAACUACAAGGAUACCAUGCGCCAACGAAUUUAUCUGAAGGAUAUCGAUUGCCCCCCUGUGUGGCAUGAUAAGCUGAAAGAUUUGCUUCCUCCGUUUCUAUACUACUUCAACGAACGCACGAGCGAUAAAGCGAGCAAAGCUGGGGAUUUGAUGAGCAGCUUGUCCCGUGAAAUGAGAGCUGACAAUAUGAUGUGCUAUAUUGGCCAUGAGGGCACCUACACCCCCGCGCAUCGCGAAAUGUGUGCAACUCUCGGUCAUAAUAUCAUGGUGGAAACUUCCACUGGCUCAGUGGAGGAUGGUCAGCCUACUAAGCCUGGUUCUUCAAUUUGGUUCAUGACGGAAACCAAGGAUCGACACUUGGUGUCUGAAUAUUGGCUUUCGACACUCGGUCAUGAUAUAGAGAUUGAAAACCACUUUGCUCAGAUAAAUGCUUGGAAAGCUGCACCAUUCAAAACCUACAUUGUUGAGCAAAGGGUGGGUGAUUUUAUUCUAAUUCCUCCUCUUGCCCCGCAUCAAGUUUGGAAUAGGGGAACCCGGACCAUGAAAGUCGCCUGGAACAGAACUACUGUGGAGACCUUGGAAAUGGCAAUAAACGAGGCUCUUCCAAAAGCAAGAAUGGUUUGUCGCGAUGAGCAGUAUAAAAACAAGGCAAUUAUUUAUUUUUCAUUGCUAAAAUAUUCUGUGCUUCUUAAUAACAGUGACGGAUAUUUCAAUCACCACAUCCGCCAACUCCAGAAGGAUUUCCGGCGUUUGUUUUCACUUUACACUAGAAUUCUCCUGUCGGAAAGCUUUUCAAGGGAUGUGUCAGAGCCCAAGAAUGUGGAAUACCUCCCCUUCGCCAGUAAUGUCACAUGCUCCUAUUGCAGAUGCAACAUCUUCAAUCGAUUUUUGACCUGCCCUUCAUGCGUUGGAAAGCUUCCUGAUGGCGAUGAUGACACCUAUGAUAUUUGUAUGGAAUGCUAUUCCAUUGGCAGAAGUUGUGCUUGCAUCUCCAGGCUUCAAUGGGUUGAGCAGUUCCGAUGGAAAGACCUCGUGCGAAAUUAUGAGACCUGGAGGAGUCAAAUUCUUAAGUUUGAUAAACAUAGUGAUCCAUCCCAGCUUCCUCAGACACUUUCUAUCGAGCAAGAAAAUAUGGGUAAAAAGACACUUGCUGAGAUUUGCCAAGAUGAACUUAAACGAAGGCCAUGGACGGAUAUUACCAAGCCGUACGUCCGUGAAGAGGAAGAACAGGAAGAAGCUGAAAUUAAUGAUGGGCAUGUUCGGAAGCGGCGCAAGAUUCGAAGGUCUGAAAAAUGGAAAAAGGAGCAUAAAAGCUGCCACAUCUGCAAAACCCCUGAGGCGCACUGGAAAGUUGCGUCCUGUUCCAAGUGUGGAUUGGGCUACUGCUAUGGUAGCCUUUUUAGAGCUUUUGAGAUUUGCCCCCGAAAUGUCAUGGAGAAUCCAAACUGGAUAUGCCCAAAAUGUCUCAAGAUCUGCUCUUGCGGUGCAUGUCGCCGUGAUCCCACGAUGAAGCCUUUUGAGCCUUCAGGAACCUUACUUGGUCAUGACACUCGGAAAAUUGCUGAUCCAAGAAGCGUUGAAUGCCUUGUUGACUUCAGUCAAUCAAACUUGACCUGGUUGAAAAAGGCGGGUGAUCGCCCACGGUGGUUCAAGAAAAGAUUGGAUGAAGCCGAAACUGCGAAGCCUAAUGAUGUGGCACUGGACGAGCAACAUUACGUGGACCCCGUUGAAGCAGGGAUUCUUAGAUUGGCUAGACAUGAAAACAUCCCAGUGGACCCUGCUCUGGUGAGCAACUUCAUUGAGUCUUCAGGGUCACUCCCUGUUGAUCCAGCUAUGAUGUCGGGAGAGGGUGCGGUCGCUCACACCCACCCUCAAUUCGCUAUGCCUGACAAUGCAUUGUUUCAAGAAGAUAUGUCUGAUCGCUAUGAAGCGACAGAGGCUAUAACUUUUGAAUAUCCAGAUCCAGAUGUCACAUCUCCCGAGGCAUUACAAACCCAGGGAGUCACGGCUAUGGCAAGCACCAACGGUCAAGGCAAUGGAACAGCCCAACAGCUAGAUCCGAAUGUUUACCCAGGGUUUGGUACAGAUGACAAAGUGGACCCCACCAAUGAUACAAUCGUACAAUCGGACAUGGCGUCCGCCAAUUCAAUUAAAGUUACCAAUCGAGUCGUCCAUGACAAGAUUGGUUCUGCCAGCGAUGAUGAGGAUUUCAUACUACGAAAGCAGAGCCAUCGCAAGCAAUCAGGGGGCAGACCAAAGGGAAAGUCUGGUAGGAAACGAGCAAGCCAUAGGAUUUCAUAUGCGAAACUCAGCUCGAGCGAAGAGGAUGUGCCGUCGGCAGAGCCCGAGAAACAGAGCUCCGUUGAGGUAAGACGAACCCGGAGACUUACCCGUCGAGUGUCUUCAAGGCGAGGUCAUGAAUCACCACCACCCGCUACGGAUUCCUCGGUUGAGGUGAUACCACCGCAACCAAAACCUGAACCAGAGGUUGAACCCGAACCCGAACCCGAACGAAGCCAUCUUUCGAAAAGUUACUCUCAUACUGCCGUUGAAGAGCCUUCAAGACAACCAAAGCCAUUGCCAACUACCGCCAGGCGCGGCAAUAAGUCCCCCGCUGCACUUGCUACCUCCACUCAACCCAUACCCAAACCACCAGCUGCGCAGCCCGAAACCCAGCCACGACCUAUGACCGAGGCGGAAAUAAAUCGCCAAGCAAAGAUGAUGGCUAUGCGCUGGGCUGAGGGGCAUAAUAGUGAUGGUUAUGUUAGUGAUGGAUGGAGUUAA